AUGAAUCGAAUAGUAACGAGCCAUAUUUUGAAGCCGACAAGGAGAUGGCGAUCAGCGUUAGGCCACUGCCCGCAACGUGUUCUUCCCGGAAACCGUGGUCACAACGUUGCCGAGUGGUUUUCGAAUAGCCACAGAAGACACCAAAAUUCCUACGGCUACUUGAGUGUUACCGUAAUCUUGUUUCAGAUCGGUGUUUGGAUAGAUGCCGGAUCCAGAUACGAAAAUGAAAGAAAUAAUGGAACGGCUCAUUUCCUUGAGCACAUGGCAUUUAAGGGAACUUCACGUCGCACGAGAAACGCAUUAGAGCUGGAAGUGGAAAAUAUCGGUGCUCAUCUGAAUGCAUAUACUUCGCGUGAACAAACCGUUUACUAUGCUAAAUGUUUCUCCACUGAUCUCGAACAAUCCGUCGACAUUCUAUCCGAUAUCUUACUGAAUAGCAACUUGAAUUCCCGAGAUAUCGAAGCGGAACGAAGCGUAAUUUUACGUGAAAUGCAGGAAGUGGAACAAAAUUUCCAGGUAUACUAG